GCUGCGCUCUGCAACCUUGAAGAGCGGCUGCGGCCGGAGGGUGGAGAGGGAGGCGGGUGCAAAUGGCAGAGCGCGGCUUCAGCAGCUGCGCCCGGCCGGGCCGGCUGGCCUGAGCCACGGGGGAAACAGGGCUGCCUCCGCGCUUCCAUGGAGCAGUGGAAAGGGCGAAACUCCCAAGCGCCGCGUCCCUGUGCCGUUGCCGCCGACUGUUGAAGGGGUCGAACCUGAGCGGAUUGCCGAGGGAGGAGGAGGAGGAGAGCUCCCGCCCCAGCCCGCAGGCCGGCUGCCCGGGGCAGCAGGGCGAGUCGGAGGGCAGCGGAGGCGCGCGGAGCAAGCGGCGCCGCGGGAGAGGCCGGCGCGGGAGGCGGCCGCAGCAAUGCCCGGCCCGCUGGGGCUGCUCUGCUUCCUCGCCCUGGGGCUCCGCGGCUCGGCCGGGCCCAGCGGCGCGGCGCCGCCUCUCUGCGCGGCGCCCUGCAGCUGCGACGGCGACCGUCGGGUGGACUGCUCCGGGAAGGGGCUGACGGCCGUGCCCGAGGGGCUCAGUGCCUUCACCCAAGCGCUACCAGAACAUUGCUGUAUUUCCAGGUGGUUGUUGGUGAGGUGUUCUGCUUGUGUUCUGCAGAUGGGUUUCCAGGACAUCAGUAUGAACAACAUUACUCAAUUACCAGAAGAUGCAUUUAAGAACUUUCCUUUUCUAGAAGAGCUACGAUUGGCUGGCAACGACCUUUCCUUUAUCCACCCAAAGGCCUUGUCUGGGUUGAAAGAACUCAAAGUUCUAACCCUCCAAAACAACCAAUUGAAAACAGUACCCAGCGAAGCCAUUCGAGGACUAAGUGCUUUGCAGUCUUUGCGCUUAGAUGCCAACCACAUUACCUCAGUCCCUGAGGACAGUUUUGAGGGGCUUGUUCAGUUACGGCAUCUGUGGCUGGAUGACAAUAACUUGGCCGAGGUGCCCGUCUAUCCCCUCAGCAACCUUCCGACUCUGCAGGCGCUGACCUUGGCUCUCAACAAAAUCUCGAGCAUCCCUGACUUUGCAUUUACCAACCUUUCAAGUCUGGUGGUUCUGCAUCUGCAUAACAAUAAAAUUAAAAGUCUGGGUCAACACUGUUUUGAUGGACUAGAUAACCUGGAGACUUUAGACUUGAAUUAUAAUAACUUAGGGGAAUUUCCUCAGGCUAUUAAAGCCCUUCCUAGCCUAAAAGAACUGGGAUUUCAUAGUAAUUCUAUUUCUGUUAUCCCUGAUGGUGCAUUUGGUGGUAAUCCACUCUUAAGAACUAUACAUUUGUAUGAUAAUCCUCUCUCUUUUGUGGGGAACUCGGCAUUUCACAAUUUGUCCGAUCUGCAUUCCUUAGUCAUUCGGGGUGCAAGCAUGGUGCAGUGGUUCCCCAAUCUGACCAGAACUGUCCAUCUGGAGAGUCUGACCUUGACAGGUACUAAGAUAAGGAGUAUACCCAAUAAUUUGUGCCAAGAACAAAAGAUGCUUAGGACUCUGGACUUAUCUUACAACAAUAUAAAAGACCUUCCAAGUUUUAAUGGUUGCCAUGCUCUGGAAGAAAUUUCUUUGCAGCGUAAUCAGAUCCAUCAAAUAAAGGAAGGUACUUUUCAAGACCUGAUUUCCCUAAGGAUUCUAGAUCUGAGUAGAAACCUGAUCCAUGAAAUUGAUGACGGAGCUUUUGCCAAACUUGGAUCAAUAACUAACUUAGAUGUAAGUUUUAAUGAAUUGACUUCAUUUCCUACGCAAGGCCUGAAUGGGCUAAAUCAACUGAAGCUUGUAGGUAACUUCAAGCUUAAAGAAGCCUUGGCAGCAAAAGACUUUGUGAAUCUCAGGUCUUUAUCUGUACCAUAUGCUUAUCAGUGCUGUGCAUUUUGGGGUUGUGACUCUUAUGCAAAUUCAAACACAGAAGAUAACAGCCUCCAGGACCACAGUGUGGCAAAGGAUAAAGGGACCGCUGAGGCAGCAGGUGUCACAAGCAGUGCUGAAAAUGAAGAACAUAGUCAAAUAAUUAUCCACUGUACACCCUCAACAGGUGCUUUUAAGCCCUGUGAAUAUUUGCUAGGAAGCUGGAUGAUUCGUCUUACUGUGUGGUUCAUUUUCUUGGUCGCAUUGAUUUUCAACCUGCUUGUUAUUUUAACAAUAUUUGCAUCUUAUACAUCACUGCCUUCCUCCAAGUUGUUCAUAGGCCUGAUAUCUGUGUCUAACUUAUUCAUGGGAGUCUAUACUGGCAUCUUAACCUUUCUGGAUGCUGUAUCCUGGGGCAGAUUUGCUGAAUUUGGUAUUUGGUGGGAGACUGGCAGUGGCUGCAAAGUGGCUGGGUUUCUUGCAGUUUUCUCCUCAGAAAGUGCCAUAUUUUUAUUAAUGUUGGCAGCUAUUGAAAGAAGCUUAUCUGCAAACAAUAUAAUGAAAAAUGGGAAAGGCAGUCAUCUCAAACAAUUCCGGGUUGCUGCCCUUUUUGCUUUCAUGGGUGCUGCAGUAGCAGGUUGUUUUCCUCUUUUCCAUCAAGUAGAAUAUUCUGCAUCACCCCUGUGUUUGCCAUUCCCCACAGGAGAAACACCAUCAUUAGGAUUUACUGUAACUUUAGUGCUUUUGAAUUCACUAGCAUUUUUAUUAAUGGCCAUUAUCUACACUAAACUUUAUUGCAACUUGGAAAAAGAAGACCUCUCAGAGAACUCACAGUCCAGCAUGAUUAAGCAUGUUGCUUGGCUAAUCUUCACCAAUUGCAUCUUUUUCUGUCCCGUUGCAUUCUUCUCAUUUGCGCCACUGAUCACUGCAAUCUCUAUCAGCCCUGAAAUAAUGAAGUCUGUUACUCUGAUAUUUUUCCCAUUGCCUGCUUGCCUGAAUCCAGUCCUGUAUGUUUUCUUCAACCCAAAGUUUAAAGAAGACUGGAAGUUACUGAAGCGACGGAUUACCAAGAAAAGUGGAUCAAUUUCAGUUUCCAUCAGUAGCCAAGGUGGUUGUGUGGAACAGGAUUUCUACUAUGACUGUGGCAUGUACUCACACUUGCAGGGUAACCUGACUGUGUGUGACUGCUGUGAAUCGUUUCUUUUGACAAAGCCAGUAUCAUGCAAACACUUAAUCAAGUCACACAGCUGUCCUGCAUUGGCAGUGGCUUCCUGCCAAAGACCAGAUGGCUAUUGGUCCGACUGUGGCACACAGUCUGCCCACUCUGAUUAUGCAGAUGAAGAAGAUUCCUUUGUCUCAGACAGUUCUGACCAGGUGCAGGCCUGUGGACGAGCCUGCUUCUAUCAGAGUCGAGGAUUCCCUUUGGUGCGCUAUGCUUACAAUCUACCAAGAGUUAAAGAUUGAACUGAUGUCUUUGUAACUGUUUUCCCCACCAACCAAAAUCACAGUGUUUAUAGAGUGAAGCCUAUUCUGAUCUUUCAUCUGGGAAGCACUUCUGUAAUCACUGCCUGGGGUCACUAAGAAGUAGGGUAAGGUGGUAGUAUAUUUUUUAAACCAUACAUUUUCAAAGAACAGGUGCCUAAAUUAUAAAUUGGUGAAAAAUGCAGUGUCUAAGCAAUGUGUGGUUUAUUUGAAACAAAUUUGUAACUUGAAAAGGCUUUCAGAUAUAGUAGCAAUAUAACAUUAGAUUUCUCUGAUUCCUAAGAAACAAACUUUAUAAUUAUUUCUGAAUUAAGCACAAAAAAAAGAACAGCUGUUAAUAUUUUUUAAAAAAAUAUUUUAAAAUGUGAUUUUAUGUAACUGAAGAAAAAGUCUUGCUAAUUUUACCUAAUGUUUCAUCAUUAAUCUCAGGACAACUUAACUGCAGGGCAAAAGAAGGGAUUGUCUCCCAGGUAAAACUGUGAGAGUAUAUAUAGGCAUUACCUUAAUUGUGUUUUCUGUUUCCAUCUUUGAAUAUAAUACAAUCAUGAAUUUUAGAUAAUUUAUAAACCUGAAGCCCGGAGAUGUUUUUAAAACAAUAUUAACAGCUGUUAGAUAAAAAGAAAAUAGCUGAACAUUUGUUUUCGUAAUUAUACAUUGCUUUGGUGCAAUUGCAAUAGUUUUUUUCCUCAGUGUUUUGUGAUCACACUACUAGGAGAAAGUAAAGGGCUAAUUGCUGUUGGGUUUAGUGUAUUUGGCUUGACAACUAACUAAUAUGGGAGUUUUAAUAGUAUCUGAGGAAUUUGUUGGCUCCGUGUAAUAUUCCAAUUAAUAAACACCUCCUGAUAUCAUUGGCUCUACUGAUACUUUCCAAUUUCAUUGAUAUAUCUAUUUAUAGUUUGAAUUCUACAGAAAGUAGACUGUAAUAAAUAAAUGCAUUCAAUUAGGAGAGACUGGGAGUAAUUAUGAUGUAAAGCACUUACAUUUAUUUUUUAAUGAGCUGGAUUCUCUUGAACCUGUACUAUUACAUGGAGGCAUCCAUACAUUUUCCCCUUACUGUGAUUUAUAGGAGUCCAUUCAACAGCUUAGAUGAUGAGUUCUAGUGAGACAAGACAUAGAUGUCAUUAAGAAAAAAAAAUUGAAAAGGAGAAAAAAAAGCUUAGACCUAUGUUUUUAAAAAUUAAAACUUAAUUCUUAUUUAUGGGCCUUUGACAUGUCACUGUUUGGAGUCUUAAAGUUAUAAAUGUUCAGCAUGUUUUUUGGAACAAUAUGCUAAAUCAGUACCAAACCCAUUGCCAUAUUAGUUAUUCUGGAUACACUAACAAAAGUUAAGCUAGAUUGCAGUUUAAUAAUUAAACUGUAUAUACUGUGCAUAUAAUGAAUUUUUAUCUUAUGUAAAUUAUUUUUAGAACACAAGUUGGGAAAUGUGGCUUCUGUUCAUAUUUUUAAUUAAAGCUACCUCCUAAACUAUAGUGGCUGCCAGUAGCAGAAUGUUAAAUUGUGGUUUAUAUACUUUUUUUGCAUUGUAAAUAGUCUUGGUUGUACAUUGUCAGUGUAAUAAAAACAGAAUCUUUGUAUAUCAAAAUCAUGUAGUUUGUACAAAUUAUGGGAGGGAUAUAUUUACUGUGUGUUGUAAUUUUGUUAGGCCAACUAUUCACAAGUUUUUAAAACUGUUAUGUUUGUAUAUUUACACAUCUGAUAAAUAUUAAAUCAUAAUUAAUAAAUAUCCUAGUUAAAGGUGUUUUUUCCAAGUUACUGAAAUGUUUUCAUUUCACUCAUUUAAACAGUAGAACAGCUACUAUAUAAAAUAUUUGGUAAACUGUACUAUACAUAUGGUAUGAAGUACAAUAUUGAACUCAGUGUUUGGAAUUAUUAAAGUUUUCAGAAAGCAAUCCAUUUGCCAUAAUUUAUAACUAGGUACAUUAAUAAAUUUGCUUAGUGUUAGAAUAAGCAAAUUAAAGUAAAAUUAUAUAUUUUUAGUGAGAAGUAUAAGAAAAUAUGUUGGAAGUAAGCAUUAGGAAAUAUUAUUUUGGUACUUUUCUAUAAUAAGAAAACUUUACUGAAAUUUAGAAGUAAGUUUUUAUCCUUACUUGAGUCUGAACCAUUCCGGUGGAAAACAAAUUAUGACAUUUAAGAGAAUACCAUCAACUAGAUGUUUAUUUAAAAGCAAAUGAUUAAAAAGCCUGCAUGAUACCAAAUGUAGUCAGUUGCCCAAAUCCUUAGAAACUCCUCAACGUUCAUGAUCCUCAAGCACUCAUUUUACAGAUGAGAAAAGGGAGGGUUUAAUAAAAUUUAAUGAAUAGCUGAGUCACACAGCAAAUUAGAACCCAACCCAGAACCCAAGUCCUCCUAAUUCUAGACAGUUUUGUUGUUAACUUCAGUAUAUGUUUGAAAUUUCUGUAACAAAAAGUAAAAUAAUAUAAUUAUAGUCUACUCAUCACUCAACUUUGACAAUUAUCAACAGCACAUGAUCAGUUUUGUUUCAUCUUUAUCCCCCUCUAAACCACUCUGCCCCUUGGAUUAUUUUGAAGCAAGUCUAAGACAUAUUGUUCCACCUGUAAAUACUUCAAUAUGUCUAGAGAAUUUUUUUAAGUUACAUAAUACAUUGCCACAAAGAAUGGCAUUAUGUUAGUAAUAUAGUCAGAAGCUCAUGGAUAUGAAUUUUUAAAUAAAAGCCACUCUUCACUUAUUUGAGGUUGGUACAGAGCCAGCAAGAAAUUUCAAUUAUCUCAGAUAUGCCAUGACAGUGAAAACGAGUAGUAAAAAGAGAUAUUACUACAUCAAUGCCCUAAAACUUCAUGGGAGAGGCCCUCUUUUGAACAUACUUGUUCAUUUAUAUAUAAUUCAACUAAGCUUGAUUAUGGCUUCUAGGCCCCAGUAGUGAAAAGGCACUGUAAGAAGAGACCACAGGACCCCAGCACCAGCACCGUGCGGCAAUUUGCCUCACAGCCUUUGGGGCUCCAGUGUUGGUUACAGCAUAAUGCAAUAGUUGAUCAUAAUGAUGACACUGAGGCAUCAAAGAAAGGCCAUACUUUGGAGUAAAACAUUUUAAGGAGGCAGAGAAGUAUAAGGCAUUUUAGAUUCCCAUACCAAGAGGUUAAAGGGUAAUAUUUUGGGGUUUUAAGCGUCAUAAUUCACCAUUUAACUGUUAGGCCCUGUGCUAGAAACUUUGAGGAUUAAUGAGUUAAUAUCACUAUCAGGUAGAUUAUUUCCCUGUUUUACAGAAAAGUGAGUUAGGACUUGGAAAGGUUAAACAGCUUGUUUAAGGACAUCUAGCAAGUCGAAAGCUAUUGAUUCAAAUCCAGGUCCUUUUUAUGCUAAAACCUGUCACAUGAUUCCUGCUGGGAAAUAGAUUCUCAAGCUUACCUCCUUUAUGAAGCUCAAAAGGGGCCCAAGGCCUUUUGAUGCUGUUGUAUUGCUUCUCCAGAUGUUCUAAUAAAAGGUUUUAACCAGAAA